UCACUUCUAUGUGUGGAUAGCAGAGCAGCCCUGCAAAACAGCUUCUCUUCCUCUCUCCUGCUUUGCCUGGUAUUUGAAUAACAAACAGUUGCGCUUGGUUAUCAGCACUCGACAACCAAGCUAAGCAAGGCAAAGCUUUCUAGUUUUUAGCUUUCUGUGUGUGAGAGGUCAUAGCUGUUCCUGUCAAGAGAGGAAGCCACUUUGUCAUAAUCAAGAGGAGCUCAUCAUGGGCCCAUACCUCACCAAGAACCAACAAAAGCCAGCCCAAGUAUUGCUAAUGGGUCUGGACUCAGGGGGGAAGUCUACCCUGCUGUCGCGGCUCCAGCAGGGGGUGAUCAUGGAUACCUCCCCCACAGUGGGUUUUAACGUUGGGACCCUGGAGUUGGACAAAAACACAUCCCUGACGGUGUGGGACGUAGGGGGACAGCGUACCAUGCGGCCCAACUGGAAGUACUACCUGGAAGGAUGUAAGGCUCUGGUGUUUGUAGUGGACAGCAGCAACCGGGAGCGUAUGGGAGAGGCCCAGAAGGCUCUCAAAAAGGUUCUGGCGGAUGAGAACAUGAAAGGGGUGCCGCUCAUGGUUUUGGCCAACAAGAAGGACCUGCCCAACACUAUGACCAUCCGAGAGGUGUCCAACCAGCUGGACCUAAACAGCUACACAGACCGGACCUGGGAGAUCCAGGGCUGCAGCGCUCUGAAGGGUCUGGGGCUACAGCAGGCUUUUCUCUCGGUGGCCAAACUUAUCAGGAAGAACUGAGCUGGUUACAGACACAGCAGGGCAGAUCAGACUGUUGGGUUAGGGUCGUGGCAGAGAGGGCUAUGCCUCCAAAAUCUGAAGGUGAGUGCCAUUUCCCAUUGGACCGAAAAGGUACAGGGAAGAACACAAAUAUAUCUCAAUUUGACUUUUAUGGAUUUUCUACACUGUGAAGUAUGCCACCUGCUAAGCAGAUAAAGAUUACCUCUUGAUGACUGACAAAGUGCUCUUUUCCUGUUAAGGGAAACGCUAUGACCUUUAACUUAACUGGUGUUGUGGGUGUGCCUUGGUUUAAACAGACGUUGUGGAAUUAUUCUUUCUUCAAGAGUAAAAGAAGCUAAGAAAAAAAGGAUUUUGAAGGAAAAUUCAUUUUUAUUUAUUGGAAGAAUGUAUGUAGUACUAGUACCUUACGAAUUCACAGUGUGUUUGAUAAAAGUUACAAAUAAAAAAACCUGACCUACACAAUGUAACAUGAAACUGUAAUGUUUCUGGCAUGUGUGAUUAAGGUCUGCCCUUAGACAACA